AUGGCUGACCAUCAGGACUACGACUUGCCAUAUGGAAAUUUCGGACUGGCAAAUUAUGAUCCCGAGCAACAGACCUGGAUAUUUGAGCGAUCGGAGGGAACUAGCGACAGAUUCCACAUCCUAGGGCCACCAAAGUCUGUAGCAGGCCCAGCCGUACAAGUACCAAGAUCGGAUUCAUCGAGAAGCACCCAACCUAGUCUGAGACAUCCGUCAGAGAUUCAAGCCCUCGUCAAGCGCCUCCCGGAGCUUCAGCCAGCCUCAAGUCUUUUACCAGCCCAUCUGAGGUUAUCAGAAGCAGUAGAAGCAGCAGUUGAUCGCCAUGACGCACGGAAAGGCAACCUACUCGACCUCGGGACCAUUGUUUCUGAAGCAUCUGGUCACGCCAUCACUAUCGCUGCAUUCCCAUGCGGCACCACUGGCACCGAUCUGCGCCUUGUGCAUGUUCAGGCUCAGAAACGUGGUUGGGAUGACUCCAAGAGCGCCUGGCUCAAUGUUCCUACUAUUCAUGGUGAAGAGGCUAUCUGGUGUGGUCCAGGCGCUGCAAUCCAGCAAGUAUGCUUCGCGAAGGCCAUUGACAGGACCGAUGCUUUCCUGGCUGUGCGGAUGUUGACCAAGACACUUUUGUUCCGUCCAAUUUUGCGCAAGACACCGAAGUCUAGCUCUGGUGCUUCGAGACUGGAUACGAACCUCUGUGUAAAGCUUCAGCUAUCGGAGAAGACUGGUUUUCCGCAUGCUGAUGUCUCGUUCAACCCGUGGUAUACUCGGCAAUGCGCUGUCGUGGAUCAGGCUGGCGGCUGGGAGGUUUGGGAGCUGCAGGAUCGAAACACUUUGACAGUCAAGCGUUUCUGCUGGUAUCACCCAUUCACUCCGGAUGGUAGUGAGGGUUCGAGAGUACCAUUCGAUGGCUGGGCUUGCAUUACAUGGGUCGCAAACCUGUUCACAAUUGCUGUUGCGACACGGAAGGUUGUGAGAAUGCACAACAUAACGAGCGGAGGCGAGGUCACGAAUGCGGUAUGCCUCCUUGAUCUACAUGGCAGCGACAAUUGGAUCUUGGACAUGGCUACAUUGCCCUCGCGUCCUUCACAUAUGUGCUUGCUCACGAGCACACACAUUAUGCUAUACUAUAUCGAUGAAUCGUCUCCAGGGUCAUUCCGGUUCUGGAGUCUGGGACGUGUAAAGCAUUUCCGCAACCCCAACGACAUCACAAUGCGCUUCUCUGCGUUCGUCCUUGGCAGCCAAGUGGCUAUACUUCUCAGAUCGGACGUGGAUUCGAUUGUGGCUGUCUACUUUGUUACCUUCGAUAACCAAGAUGGCGUUCACAUUACGAUACCUUCUGAUUUGAAUGUGACGUCUGCAAACACGCCACGACGGUACCUACACUCCGUAGCCGGCUGGCAUCUAGCGGAAGUCGGUUUCGGAACGCACCCGAGGGUGAAGAGCGACAGCGUGGCAUUACCGUUGCGAGACUCGGGUGUCACAUUCGCAGCUCUGACCAUUUUAGAUACUAUGCUAUACAUAUCGCCACUUAACUGUGCACCUCGCAUCCCGGUCCUUGCGUGGGAGAGUCGACCUGGUGUAACAACAAGAAGGCUUCGGAAAGAGGCCUUCAUCGUAGAUGAUGAUGAUGAGGGUCCGAUCGAGCCUGGAGAUGAGACACAGCGAACGGUCUCGGCCUUUGCUGCUAGAAGAAUGCGCGCGAACACCGCUAGAGCUGGUAAAGCAUGGACUUUACCCCUUUCCGGUGUGGCAGAGGCGUUGCAGACUCCCGCGUCCAGUGAACUUGACACCGUCGUCGACAUUCUAGAGCUUACGGAGGCACGUCUGAGCGCGAAGCAAGAUGAUGAUAUCCUGCCGUGGCGUAUCUUGACUGAUAUAGCGUCGACGGAGCUUGCGGUAUCAGAUAUGGAUGAGGCUCAGAGCCGUGUAGAGGCGUUACUGUCGCUGCCUGCGAAGACAUUACAUGUUCCACCGGAAGACGCGACUGAAGCCAGCACAGCUGUGCAAGUCGCCGUAAGCGAUAUCACGUCUGGAAGGACCGGUAGCAUCUCCGACGUACGUGCGGCAAUCGUGCGAGAUUGGAUCGCUCCAUUGGCCCCCGACGUGACUGGGAGGGUGCGCUUGGCUAAAGAGCAGUUAGCAAGACGUAUGGCAGCGGAAGUCGCGCUAGCCGCACGCGUCCUUCGGACUCCUCUGUCGACGCUCGACUCUCGAUCCGGAGCUCAGCCGACCCAGGAGAGCUUCGACAUCCCUGUUCGUGCGGGUCCGUCCAUCGAUGCUGUACCGCAGAGCAGUCAAGUAGCUUCUCAGCCUUCGGUCUUACCGACCCCCUCACCGUCUGCUACACCCUCGCUCAUGACAGCCUCGAGCCAUCCUUCGUCCUUUGCAGCACUCGAGAUCAGCCGCCUGAGCAAAUAUACGACCAUAUCUGGACCACCAACGAGUAGUCUUCCGCGCUCUCUAAAUAACGUCCUAUCGCACUGGAAGAUCGGCGCAGACCUAGCCGACUAUGACUGGCGCUCCACUACCAAAAGACUGGCUCAACACGAGGACGAGCAAAACGAUGAACAGAUGACCGAGAAGGAACGUCUUCGUGUACAGCGACGAGCUGAAAGACAUAUCAAGCGCCAGCGGCGAGAGGCAGCGGCUAGCCAGGCACAACAAUUUGCGAGCAGCCAGGCGCCAGAGAUCUUUAGCGCGAGUCAGCCUCAGCAGGUACAGAGGAAAGUGGAAUCUCAGCCGACGGGCGCGGCGGCGAGUAGCCAGAGCGUUGGAUUUGGUAGGAUGCCGGCUAGUCAGGUCGUGCCGGGGCGGUUUGGUGGUAGGCCGCCGAAGAAGAAGAGGAAGCAGGGGUUCUGA